CUAAAAGUGCAUCUAGUUCCUUGCUCCUGCUUUAGCCCUCGAUGCGAUUCACCCGUGCUUACUGUGGGACCUAAGGCUGGAUAUAUCUCUUGCCUAAUUGGUUAUACCUUGUCUUGCCUUCAUUUAAUCGGCACAUGGCUGUUUCUGUCCAACCCGAACUCCGAGGCAAUCAGUAUUAUUGGAAAAAGGCCAAUCAAAAGCUUGAGGCACUCCUGUCAAUCCGACCUCCUCCUCCACAGAAGUCUGGAACAUUAAUCCUACCGGCAUGACCCUGGUUAGUUAGGCGAAUGUAAUGGGCCGCUUCUCUUGCUCCAAAGUUGGUCUAAGCCGACAUAAGAUAUAAGGAAAUGUCGCACUCCGAUCGCGAGAGAGGCUUCUUGAGCACUGGCUGUCGUUGCAAGGUCUCGAGAUGCUGCCGCGAUCGCUGGAAAAGGGUACGUCCUUCACUGGGCAGCAAACGACGGUGCUUGGGAUUGGGGUAGCAUUUAUGGCAUUUACCUCGGCCGUAAUUGCCCUUCGCGUCUAUGUCAGGACACUUUUGCUGCGCGCGUGGGGAGCUGAUGACGUCCUUAUGGUAAUCGGAACUAUCUUAACCUACGGUCUCUCCAUCGCAUCGAUUGUGGCCGCAUAUUAUGGCGUUGGCAAACACUAUUCAGAUGUUCCUAUCGAAGAUCGGAUUCCUAUGUUCAAGUGUAUAUGGGCUACACGCCUCCUCUACGUGCUGGGAUUGUGUUUCAUCAAGCUAUCUCUCCUAUGGUUCUAUCUCCGGCUUGAAACACGACGUUUCAUGCUAUGGCCUGUGUACUCCGUUAUCUUCAUAGUUCUGGGAGUAUCAAUCUCAAGCUUCUUCGUUGAUACAAUCUCCUGCAUACCACCUUCUAAAUUCUGGAAUUCAGCCAAGUCAGGACAUUGCAUGUCAACGGCGUCCCAGCAGAAGUUCUAUGAAGUUAAUGGCAUCCUCGUCAUUGUCAUGGAUAUUCUCAUCUGGGCUGUUCCCAUUCCGAUGCUAUGGCGUGUUCGUAUCUCUUUGCGAAAGAAGAUCGCAGUAUUGGGGGUUUUUAGUGUAGGCCUUUUGUCUAUAGCUGCUGCUUGCGUGAGAUACAACACCGUCUUGCAACUAGCCAACAAUUCAGAUGAAACAUACGUGCUGGCUGCCUCGCUUAAUUGGUGUGGCAUCGAAGCCUACGUGGCCAUUUUCUGCGGCUCCACUCCAGCAUUAUAUGUUUUUGUGAAGCGCUACCUCCCACGAGUGCUGGGCCCGUCCUACGCGCAUAAUCCAACCUACUCAGGACAGAGCAAUGCGAAGAGAUUCAGCGCGCCAUUCCGCGCAGUCUCCCGCCAGCGCAUGAGCGAAAGCCGGCUAGGAGAGAGCCAAGAUGUAUUACAUGAUGGCGAUGGCAUUAUGCUUAAGACAGACAUCCACUGGGAGGUCACUGAUAUCGAUGCGGAAGGUCGACUGGACCCGCACCAUGUAAAUAUCUGAAGGUUUUCCCCUAAAAUUAGAGCCGCAGAUGAGAUCAAAGUGAGAGAUUUGCGACUGUUGUAUACGCGGCACGUCUGUAAGAAAAUGUGACGAUUUCAGGCUCAAAGUGGAAAGAUUUCA